GAGAGCUGUUGAAUACAGAUGAGUCAACAGCCGGUCUGAGCUGACCCACAGACUCAUAAAAACCAACAGGGCUCCAAGUACCCUCACCUGGGGCACCCAAACUCUUGGAUCAAAAGUUCAAGAACUUGCUCACGUCAAGGAUCUGGCUGCUUCCUUGGGGAUCAAGAAAAUGAGGUUUUGUCUCUACAUUUGCACUGGCAAUCCACAAGGGAUCUUCCAGACUGGGUCUUCACCUCCAUCCUGGGUCCUGACCAAGACAUCUUGGCAAGUUCCAAGCCCAACAGCUUAAAUCCCAAAGAGGGCAGCUCAUGUUGGCCUUAUCAAGGUUCACUCUAUACGAAACUUUGAAAAUCAUCUCCUCUUCAGACAGAGGCAGUGACUUGAAUUUCAUGUUGACUUCUAAAUAAGAAACCCCUUGGACAUCCCAGGCUACAAGAAAGCUGAUCGAAUUUUUGACAGAGAGGAUGUUCAAACAUCUUCGGAAGUGGUUUGUCACUCAUUUUUUUGCACAUUCUCGGCAGAGGUCAAGGCUAGUUUCCAAGGAUGGAAGGUGCAACAUAGAGUUUGGCAAUGUGGAUGUGCAGUCAAGGUUUAUAUUCUUUGUGGACAUCUGGACAACUGUGCUUGACCUCAAGUGGAGAUACAAAAUGACUGUGUUCAUCACAGCCUUCUUGGGGAGUUGGUUCCUCUUUGGUCUCCUGUGGUAUGUGGUAGCUUACGUUCACAAAGACCUCCCAGAGUUCCAUCCUUCUGACAAUCACACCCCCUGUGUGGAGAACAUUAAUGGCAUGACCUCAGCUUUUCUGUUUUCUCUGGAAACUCAAGUGACCAUUGGAUAUGGAUUCAGGUGUGUGACAGAACAAUGUGCCACUGCCAUUUUUCUGCUUAUCUUCCAAUCUAUUCUUGGAGUUAUCAUCAACUCUUUCAUGUGUGGUGCCAUCUUAGCCAAGAUCUCCAGACCCAAAAAGCGUGCCAAGACCAUUACCUUCAGCAAGAAUGCAGUGAUCAGCAAACGAGGUGGGAAGCUUUGCCUCUUAAUCCGAGUGGCUAAUCUUAGAAAGAGCCUCCUUAUUGGAAGUCACAUAUAUGGCAAGCUUCUGAAGACCACAGUCACUCCUGAAGGGGAGACCAUUAUUUUGGAUCAGAUCAAUAUCAACUUUGUAGUCGAUGCUGGCAAUGAAAAUUUAUUCUUCAUCUCCCCAUUGACAAUUUACCACGUCAUUGAUCACAACAGCCCUUUCUUCCACAUGGCAGCAGAAACUCUUCCCCAGCAGGACUUUGAAUUAGUGGUAUUUUUAGAUGGUACAGUGGAAUCAACCAGUGCCACCUGCCAAGUCCGGACAUCCUAUGUCCCAGAGGAGGUGCUCUGGGGCUACCGUUUUGUUCCCAUAGUAUCCAAGACCAAGGAAGGGAAAUACCGAGUGGACUUCCAUAACUUUAGCAAGACGGUGGAAGUGGAGACCCCUCACUGUGCCAUGUGCCUUUACAAUGAGAGAGAUGCUAGAACCAGGAUGAAGAAAGGCUAUGACAACCCCAACUUCAUAUUGUCAGAAGUCGAUGAGACAGAUGACACCAAAAUGUAGCAGUGGCUUUUUAAUGGGAGUAAAGCAAAGUCUUCCAGAUAUCUAGUGACUAUAAGUAUUACAACGUAAUCAACAGUUUAGGGGUAUGAAAGACCCUUCAAAGUCUACCAGCACAAGGACCCUUGAGCCUCAUAACUGUGAUCCUACAAAUCACAAAGCUCUACAAGGUUAUCGUAUUAGCACACAUGGUGCAUUUAUAUUAAUCUGGCAUAUGGAAGCCAGAUAGGAGCUCAUUUGGAAUCUUGAAUAUGAUUAUUUGAGGUUAUGCAAUGUUGAUGGGAACAGGCUAAAUCAUCAAAAGUCUUAAGGACAGAUCAAAAGAGAUACUUUUUAAAGUUUCUUUGAAGAAGUUAGGAGCUUUAGAUAGGAUCAGGGAGCAACCAUAUUUUCAUUUUGAUUUUACUAAGAAGAAAAAUGUCACUUUCAUUUUAACAUGGACUUUUGUCACUGGAAGAAAUUGUCUUUGGAGUCUGGGGGAGAUGAAAUAACCAAUCAAUGACAAUAAGAAGAGACUGCUACACAAUGAAUGAUUUGAGGCUCUAACCUUCUUGAACUCUGGUUGUUGGAGAUUUUAUCUGAAUCUUGGUCACACUUAUUUCAGGAGAGGCGAGGAAGGCACAGUCCAAGGACUCUGCAGGGCCCAAACUUGCAUUGCCUUAUGGCCUAUCCAGAUGCUGAGGCCCCCACCGAACUUUGGCCCAAAUGAUAUCAUGCAGUACAUUUAGACAGAGGCUAAAUCUAUACUCAAGAAUCUCAGUGAACAUUUUCUUGCUAAACAGAAUGUUUGACAUUGACCUUUAGGGAAAGGUUUUAAUAUGAAUGUCUUGUUCAGUUUUCCACAUGCAUUAUUUUGAAUGUAUCCUGGAAAAAAAUGGAACUUGAAGCUGCUUAGGAAUCAAAAUGUUUUCAGUGCAUUGAUUAAAUAUUAAAUUUCUGAAACUGCUCA